UUCCCCACCUCCGCCCUCCUCCUGCUGACGUCUGGCUCUGCCCGCUGAAAACUCGGUGCCGCGGCGGAUGCGGCGGCUCUCGGCAGCGCGGCGGCGGCAGCAGCAGCGAAGAUGGUGGCGGCUCCGUGCGCCCGGCGGCUGGCGCGGCGCUCCCGCUCGGCGCUGGUGGCGGCGCUCACCGUGCUGCUCCUGCAGACCCUCCUCGUCUGGAAUUUCACCUCCCUCGACGCCGGCGAGGAGCAGCGCGGCGGCCGCGAGAAGCGAGACCGCGGCGGAGAGCAGCGGGGGCAGCCGCAGCGGCGCGGACCCGCCGCCCCGCACGGCAAGGCGAUGAUUGAACCUCCUAGUCCCUACACCAGCUUGGAGACCCAGGAUGGCUAUUUUUCCCACCGACCGAAAGAGAAAAUGCGAACAGACAGCAAUAAUGAAAAUUCAGUCCCCAAGGACUUUGAAACUAUUGAUAACAGUAACUUUGCUCCCAGGACUCAGAGGCAAAAACACCAGUCUGAACUGGUGAAAAAACCCCUUAGCAAACAAAAGGAGCACUUGAGAAAGAAACUGGAAGAGGAGAAGAUGAAGGAGACCUUGCUGCUGGCGAAGAACUCCAACGAGGUGGUGCAGUUCAGCGAUCACCUGGGAAAAAACAGCAGCAACAGCAACAGUCUGAAGGAGAUUGACAGGUUUCCCACGCACCAACUUAUCCAAAAAAUGGAGAACAGCUCCCCUGAGCUGAAAUACGACCAACCACCCAAGUGUGAGGUGACGGGCAAGGAGGCGAUCUCGGCCAUGUCCCGCGCCAAGUCCCAGCAGUGCCGCCAGGAGAUCGCGGACGUUUACUGCCAGCACAAGCUGGGGAAGCUGAUGCCGGAGCAGGUGACACGCUUCUGUGCCCUGGAGGGAAAAGCCAACAACAAUGUACAGUGGGAUGAGGACUCCGUAGAGUACAUGCCAGCCAACCCAGUCAGGAUCGCAUUUGUCUUGGUUGUUCAUGGCAGAGCUUCCCGGCAGCUCCAGCGCAUGUUUAAGGCUAUUUACCAUAAAGACCAUUUUUAUUACAUUCAUGUUGACAAGCGAUCCAAUUACUUGCACCGGCAAGUGCUGCAGUUUGCCAGCCAGUACCCAAAUGUGAGAGUCACCUCCUGGAGAAUGGCCACCAUCUGGGGAGGAGCAAGCCUCCUGACCACCUACCUGCAGACCAUGAAGGACCUCAUGGAGAUGAGUGACUGGCCAUGGGAUUUCUUCAUUAACCUCAGUGCUGCUGACUACCCAAUCAGGACAAACGAUCAGCUCGUGGCUUUCCUGUCCAGAUACCGUGAUAUGAACUUCUUGAAAUCACAUGGGAGGGACAAUGCAAGGUUUAUCAGGAAGCAGGGGCUGGACCGGCUCUUCCUGGAGUGUGACACGCACAUGUGGCGCCUGGGGGACCGCAAGAUCCCGGAGGGAAUCACCGUGGACGGGGGCUCCGACUGGUUCCUGCUGAACAGGAAGUUUGUGGAGUAUGUCACCUUCUCCAACGAUGAUCUGGUGACGAAGAUGAAGAGGUUUUACUCCUACACGCUGCUUCCUGCUGAGUCCUUCUUCCACACCGUGCUGGAGAACAGCCCGUUCUGCGACUCCAUGGUGGACAACAACUUGCGCAUCACCAACUGGAACAGGAAGCUCGGCUGCAAGUGCCAGUACAAGCACAUCGUGGACUGGUGUGGCUGCUCCCCCAAUGACUUCAAACCAGCUGACUUCCACCGCUUCCAGCAGACUGCCAGGCCAACCUUCUUCGCCCGCAAGUUCGAGGCCGUGGUGAACCAGGAGAUCAUUGGGCAGCUGGACUAUUACCUGUACGGGAACUACCCGUCAGGCACGCCGGGGCUGCGCUCCUACUGGGAGAACGUGUUCGAGGAGCCCGACGGGCUGGGCGCGCUCAGCGACGUGGCCCUCACCAUGUUCCACUCCUUCUCGCGCCUGGGCCUGCGCCGCGCCGAGAGCUCCUUCCACGCCGCUGGAGACAACAGCUGCCGGUACUACCCCAUGGGCCAUCCAGUUUCCAUCCACCUUUACUUCCUUGCUGACCGUUUCCAAGGCUUCCUGAUCAGGCACCACGCAACCAAUCUGGCUGUCAGUAAACUGGAAACUUUGGAAACCUGGGUGAUGCCCAAGAAGGUCUUCAAGAUUGCAAGUCCACCGAGCGAUUUUGGGAGGCUGCAGUUCUCAGAGAUUGGCACUGAGUGGGACGCCAAGGAAAGGCUUUUCCGGAAUUUUGGAGGACUCCUUGGGCCAACAGAUGAGCCAGUUGGGAUGCAGAAAUGGGGGAAAGGCCCCAAUGUCACCGUGACUGUCAUUUGGGUGGAUCCCAUUAAUGUAAUUGCAGCAACAUACGAUAUUCUUAUUGAAUCCAGUGCCGAGUUUACUCACUACAAACCACCUCUGAAUCUGCCCCUGCGACCUGGUGUCUGGACAAUAAAAAUUCUGCACCACUGGGUACAGGUAGCUGAAACCAAAUUCCUCGUUACUCCUCUCACCUUCUCAAAUCAACAGCCUAUCAAACAAGAGGAAGCCAUCAAGUUUCACAGCGGGCCUCCAAAGAACGCCUACAUGGAGCAGAGCUUCCAGGGCCUGAACCCCGUGCUGAACAUCCCGGUGAGCGCCGCGCGCGCCGAGCAGGCCAAGCGCAACGCGGGGCUGGUGGGCGCCCGCCUGGACGCCUGGGUGGACUCCCUGGUCAGCAGCGUGUGGUCGGCCGUGGAUGUCUGCAGCGUGGGCGCCACGGCCUGCCCAGUCCUGCAGGGCUGUGCCCAGACCGCCUGGAGCUCCCUCAGCCCCGACCCCAAGUCCGAGCUGGGCCCCGUCAAACCCGACGGCCGCCUCAGGUAGCAUCCGGCGCGCUCCGCCCCAGCGCGGGGUGUUAAAAGGGAAUUGAACCUCGCUUCUCUGUGAAUCUCACACCAGGUCUCGGAAACGUAAGGGAAAGUUACAUUUUUUUUGUUACUUAUUGCAGUAGAAUUCAUUUUAAAACAAAAACAAGAGUUCUGAAGUUGUGACAAGGCCUUUGGCACUGCCCUCUCCGUCGGCUCUGUUGGGAGCAGCCUGUGCUGUCCCAUGGGGACCCGGCCAUUCCAGGUGCCACUGCACCACCAUCCCCUGGGCUGGGGAACAGGAGCACCGAGCCAUGGAGAGGGCAGUGAAGGAGCAGCUGCUAAAGGGAUUGUUUUAAAAAAAAUUGUCCAUACCUCUGCUGUUUCACAGGCUUUCGUUAUUUUGCUACAAUGAAUAAAUCACAGCAAAGUUCCCUUCUACUUUUGCUUCCUGGGGAGGUUGGUUCCUGCAGGCUGGAGCCUGUAUGGCCACAUGACCUCAGAGAAUGUGAAGUAAUUCUGGUACAGCCUCACUCUAGUUUUUAAUAACACAAAGUAAUUCUGGACACAGAUGAUAUCUGUUAUCCUAGUUAGAGAAAAAAAGCAAAAGCAGAAACUUUCAGGUUACUUUCAGAGUUUUUCUUCAGACUAAUUUCGUGAUAAACUCUAAAUGAAACCAGUGUUUUGCUAUAGUAGUCUUUCAUGUCUCACGCAGUCGGGUUCAGGGUCAGUUUACUAAGACUAUUUAUUAAAGAACAAAGAAGUUUUUUGAAUUUCAGCCCUUUCAAAUCUGCAGGCAUUUUUGGAAGCCACCAGUACCUGAGUAUUUUCACAGGCUGCCAGUAGAGCAGGUGUGUAUGUGUAGGCUGGGGUGGGUUGUGAUGUGUCUGCUCACACUCUUUGCUCAUGAGCUGAGCUGAGUUUUUUCUCAGGCAGUGGAGUUGUAAACCAGUAAAAUAGAAAAAUUGGGACCUAAAUCUGCAACAACAGGUUUCUUCCCUAAUUUGGGUGGUGGCUAGUAGGUCUUAACACUAAUUCCCUCCCUCAGAUCUCA